AUGUAUACCAUUAGAAGAUCCAGAAAGCUUUUGCUAGGAUCUGUUGCAACGGUAACAGCAGUUUGGGGAGCCAAUUCUCUAAUUAAAAAAUCACGUGAUUCAGACAUCUUGUACAGCGAUGUGUCUGUAUCCACCAUAAAGAAGUCUAGUGUAGACAUACCAUCAAGAGCGGAUCUUUUGUCAAGACUAUCCAAAACAGAUAAGUUUGAUGUCUUAAUUAUUGGUGGUGGUGCUACUGGAACUGGAUGCGCUUUGGAUGCCGCGACAAGGGGACUAAACGUGGCAUUGGUAGAAAUGAACGAUUUUGCAUCUGGUACUUCUUCCAAGUCUACCAAGAUGGCACAUGGUGGUGUCAGAUACUUGGAAAAAGCAUUCUGGGAACUUUCUAAAGCUCAAUUGGACCUUGUUAUUGAAGCUUUAAACGAAAGAGCCCACAUGCUACAUACAGCACCACAUCUUUGUAAAAUAUUACCAAUAAUGAUUCCUGUUUACAACUACUGGCAAGUUCCUUACUUCUACGUUGGUACUAAAAUGUAUGACUUAUUUGCUGGCUCACAAAAUUUGAAAUCAUCAUACUUACUUUCUCCUUCAAGAGCCGCCGAAGUUGCUCCAAUGUUAGAUGCAUCCAAAUUAAAGGCAGGACUUGUGUACCAUGAUGGUUCUUUCAAUGAUUCCAGAAUGAACAGUAGUUUGGCUGUUACUGCGGUGGAGAGAGGUGCAACCGUUUUGAAUUAUGUCCAAAUCAAGCAACUUUUGAAGAACAAAGAAACAGGGAAAGUUGAAGGUGCUGUUGCGGUAGACCGUGAAACUGGAAAAGAGUACCAAAUAAAGGCCAAAGUGGUUGUGAAUGCUACGGGUCCCUACAGCGAUCGCUUGUUGCAAAUGGACCAAUCUCCUACAGGUUUACCAGAUGAUUCCAUUUUGCAAAAGAUCAAUGAAAAUGCUACUGUUUCAACAAAGAUUGCUGUGCCAAAUCCUAAAAUGGUCGUUCCAAGUGCCGGUGUUCAUAUAAUUUUACCAUCGUUUUAUUGUCCAAAAGAAAUGGGUUUGUUAGAUGCACAAACAUCUGAUGGAAGAGUUAUGUUCUUUUUGCCAUGGCAAGGCAAAGUUUUGGCUGGUACCACUGAUAUUCCUAUGAAACAAGUUCCAGAGAACCCAACCGCUACUGAAGCUGAUAUUCAGGAUAUAUUGAAAGAAUUACAACAUUAUAUUACUUUCCCAGUUAAGAGAGAAGAUGUCUUAAGCGCCUGGGCUGGAAUUAGACCAUUGGUUAAGGACCCAAGAACAGCAGAAUCAGGAUCUGGAACAACUCAACAGUUGGUGAGAUCCCAUUUCUUAUUCACGUCCCCUUCUGAUCUAAUUACUAUAUCUGGGGGGAAAUGGACCACUUACCGAGAAAUGGCAGAGGAGACUAUCAAUGAGGUAGUUAAAGUGGGGAAAUUCAAUACCACACCAUGUAUUACUAAAAAGUUAAGAUUGGUGGGUGGUGAAAACUGGAAUCCAAACUUGUCUGCUUUGCUCUCUCAACAAUAUCAACUUUCAAGCGUAAUGGCAGAGCAUUUAGCAAAUAACUAUGGAACUCGGGCACCAGUGAUUUGUGAACUUUUCAAACAGGAUCCUCGAAACAAACUUCCUGUUGCCUUGGCUGGAAAAGAAAACGUCUCUGUCUUCGGCCAUGUUGAUUAUGAUUCUUUCAGAUAUCCAUACACAAUCGGGGAGUUGAAAUACACCAUCAAGUAUGAGUAUGCAAGAACUGCUCUCGACUUCUUAAUGAGAAGAACAAGAUAUGCUUUCCUAGAUGCCAAGCAAGCUCUAAACGCUGUAGAGGGAACUGUGAAAGUUAUGGGUGAUGAGUUGGGAUGGGAUUCCAAGAGAAGGCAAUCGGAAAUUCAGACCGCUACGGAAUACAUAAAGACCUUUGGCGUUUGA